AAAAUCACCACCAAGAAUGCCUUUGGUCUGCAUCUGAUUGAUUACAUGGCUGAUAUUCUCAAACAGAAGGACUCUGAGCUCACAAACUUCAAGGUGGCAGCUGGUACUUUGGAUGCCAGCACUAAGAUCUAUGCUGUGAGGGUAGAUGCUGUUCAUGCCGAUGCCUACAGGGUCCUGGGGGGUCUGGGGGCCGAGACCAAACCUGGAGAAGACCAGGGUUCAAAGGAUGAUGAAAACGACGGGGACGGUGAAGCGACCACCAAGCAGCCGAAGAAAAAGAGACCCCCGAAGAAAACUGUGGAGCAAAACCUGGGAAACAUCAACAGCGCCGAGUCUGAGAGGAAGUGUGAGGUGGACCCCAUGUUUCAGAGAAUGGCCGCCUCGUUCGAUGAGAGCAGCACGGCGGGCGUCUUCCUGUCCGUCCUCUUCUGUCAGAACAGUCGCUGCGAGCUGCUGUUUCCCUCCAACAUGACCCUGCUGCAGUCCACUCCCUCCUACUCUCCCCCCCGACCCCUGACCGUCCCUGCAUCCCCCUUCAUGGCUGGACUUCAGCGCUCCAAAGAGAAAACUUCCAUCUGCCCGUCGCUGCAGGACUUCUCCUUCACCAGCUGGGACCCUGAGCAGACGAAGAACCAGCUGCUGGAGAAGAUGCAGCAGGGCGACCACGUGUUCGAUGUGAACGCUGAGCCGGAGCCCGAGGAGGACGACGGACCCGACUUUGACGCCGACUACGACGAUGCCGACUGUGAGGAAAGAGGGAAGGAGUUCAAGGAGCGCUGCGAGGCGUCUGGAUCUGGCAGCGGGAGGGACGUUAUUCCCAUCGGAGAGGGAGACAUCGCCACCAUGUGUAUGCAGCUGUCCUCUCAGCCCAGAGAGUAUUCCUACUUCAGCCCCAGAACCAUGGCCGCCUGGGCCGGGCCCGGGUACUGGCAGUUCAAACCCAAACACAAGCUGGACCAUAUGCCCGACAAGGAGCCGCGUAAAAGGAAACCCAAGAAGACGGUGGAGAUCGACUUCAAUGAUGACGUCAACUUCGACGCGUUCUUCCGCACCACCAGAGCGGCCACCACCAUCAGUAAGUCUGCCCUCAGUGUGAGCAACAAGAAGACCACUCUGCCCGCAGACUUCCAGUUUCCCCCAGAGAGCCUGUCCCAGCUCAACCUCAAGCCCUCCAGCUCGUUGACUCAGGAGGGCCAGAAGAGGCUGUCAGGAGAGGUGGGAGAAGGAAUCGGAGAUUACGACUACAACAACGCCAACGACACGGCCAACUUCUGUCCAGGUCUCCAGGGUGGAGACAGUGAUGAUGACGCUGAAGGGUUUGCAGACGACCCUUCAGCAGAAAGCUUGCCCCCCCCCUCUCUGGAGGAAAUCACCACCUACGGGGAGCAGGAUUUGGUGCCGGAGCCGCAUCGGGUCAACAAGAUAGAGAUAAAUUACGCUAAAACGGCGAAGAAGAUGGACAUGAAGAGAUUGAAGAACGGCAUGUGGAGCCUCCUGACCGAGAGCCCCGACAAACCGUCGCAGGAGACGGAUGCUGUGGAGAAAACAGAAGUGUUUGGAGAGAAGGCUUUCAGUCAGACCACAAAGAUCCUGCUGCAGAGACUGCCGAACACCAUGGCUCAGAACCUCUCGGUGCCGCUGGCCUUCGUCGCUCUGCUCCACCUCGCCAACGAAAAGAAUUUGGAGCUGGUGAAGGUGGACGACAUGUCGGAUAUCAUCAUCAGACAAGGCCACUGAGGAGAAAUGAAUUAUGGGAAUAUGUUACCUCUUCCUUCUCUCCUUAACUCUUUACUGUGUUCUAUCUCUGUGGUUCUCGCUUGUUUAGUUUUUAUAAUAUUUGUAUUCAUCCUCCAGCAAAUAAAGUGUGAAAUUAAGAAAUCUUCCUCGUCCUUUGAAGAGAGUUUCCCAUGUAUAUUGUCAAAAGAAUAAAAACCUUUUUCUAAAAAAA